AUGGGUUUAGACACACAGAGCACACCACCAUCAAUUGUAUCAGAAAAGGAAUCACUAUCAGCUCCAAUCAAGAAUCUUCUUUCGGAAUUGGGCGGCCAGAAAGCGUGUGGUGUAGAUGAAAUUAACCUCUUACCAGCUAGAUUCCCGCAAAGUCAUACAGAUGUCCCUGCGUCCCAAACCUUGAAAGCAAAGCCAGUAUCAGUGAUACCAGGCGCCUCGAGCGAUUUCAAGGUUCCGGACCUGGCUGGCGAAGAUGAAAUUAGGAUACCAGAGGCAACAGGACAUUUUCCCGGGGGGGACGAUGUAUGUCACAAAAUAGGUCUAGUCUCACCAAAGACUCGGGAAGUUAGAGGAAGCCUUUACCUCCAAGAGAGACCCUACAAUUAUCCAAUCUCACCACUAUUACUUCCCACAGUCACAGGUGGAGGUACCGACGGUAUGGGCAACUUCAGUGAUAGCGGACUCGGAGUAUCCGCGAAAAUCCUUUCGGACCAUGAACCUAAUUGGUAUCUGCCUGAGGGUUCUCAACUAAUCCUCCAUCCAACGGAGCUGGUGCCCGAGGGAGUGUUAUCGUCGCUAGGGCUAGAAGAGGUUAAAAAUCCUCCUGAGAGCGAAGAGAGGUGGAAUGAAUACACCGCAUCAGUAAUACUCCGCACACCAAAGAAAGAAUGGAUGAUCGAGGGGAUCGAGAUUUGGGGUAACAGCUUGUAUGAUGCAUCAGUGAAAAAGACUUCAGAUCAGGAACUUUAUAGAUGUGGACAUGAGAUGCCCAUCCACAGCCCCCCUCGGAAUAAGGGAGCCGACAAGGAUAUUGUGGACGUGGAACUUCGCGGCGAGUAUGGACCCAACAUACCGGAAACAAAUGAAAUUCCGAUCUCGACUUCAACAAGGGUAGAGGAAAGUACAGUGGGCCUUGAUUGUGAGGGAAUAUCAGGCAUUCAUUCAAGCUCAACAGGUUUACCGCAAACCACAGGUACAGAACAGAUAACUGAUGCUGUGGAAAGCUGCGGUGGUGGCCGAACCACCAUACCUGCGGGAAUAACCUCAAGCGACAGCAUGACUAAUGAAUAUCAAGAUUCAGGACUCUCCAGAGAAGGUGGUGCAGUAUCACCGCAUAUCUCUCUGAAUAAUUCAGAGGAGCUUAGCAUCGAAUCUCUGCUAAAAACACUGCUUGAGAAGGAGUUGAGAAAAUACGCCCGCGCAGAGGUAUCGAGUGCUGGUACAUUGUUGACCGAAUCAGCCAAUCAAGUAGAAAGCUCUACUCUUAAAGAAGAACCUAACAGCCAUAACCGAUGUGAGAAUAUCGUAGGUGGGACGGUUUUGUGCCGCGGGGAUCAUGAUGAGCUUUUUUUGCCGUUGGAAGAGUCAGAAAACCGAUUAGAAAGCUCAGGGUCUGAGGAACAAGCCCAGCCAGUCGAAAAUAUCGUAGGCGGGACGCUGUGGUAUAGAGGCCAUGACCACGAGCCACCCACUCUACUGGAAAACCAAGUCAGCCCAGUACAAAGCUAUCCCCAUCAUAAAGGGCCUAAAAGGUUUGCGAAUAUCUUAGACACUUUUUCGUACCGGUCAGAGUUAUUGCUCCGCGGAUUGGGCAACUACGAUAACGUUCAACUCUAUCAAAAAAAUGUCGAUUCUCCUCCAUCCGGCUCGCAAGGCGAAGGACCGAUAGAAACCCCUCAGGUAGAUGGGGCAGAUAAUGAUUCAAGGGAGAAAUACCCACCCGCUUCUACGGACGGAAACUCCGCAACGGAGCCAACUGAUGAAGAGGGGAGUGAAUUUCCAGGUAUCUUGAUGCCCUCUUCCGGAGCACCCGGGGAAAACUCAUCGAUACCAUCGGAUUCCUCUUCAUGUGAUUCGGCCGAAGAGGAUGUUCCUCCUCCUAUGCCGCUGUAUUCAGACGAAGUACUGAAUGAAUACCUUAAGGAGAUGGACGAAAUAUAUGAGAAUAUAAAGGUUAACGACCGUCUUUUGAAAUCCUUGGUAAGACAGGUGUUUGAUGGCGAGCUCACCAUGUCGAGGUUUCGCGAGAAUGCGUAUGUAAGUAAAGGUGCCAAAAGGGUCUAUGCAUCACUGGAGGAAAACAGUGCCGAUGUGAAGGCUCUAUUGGCUCUCCUUGAGACCAAACUGGCAGUAUUCACUGAGAAGCAACAAUGCUUGGUAAAGCUGAUUGUAGGUGAGAUAAAUCCUCAUACCGGCGGAUUUUGGACCAACCACACAAGGCUUGAUGUACCCGGAGUGCCGAUUGAUAAUCCGAGGCUCCCAAAACAACCUUAUUACGGAUGA